AUGGAGACCACCUCGACGAUGACUGAAGAAGUAUCGAACAAAAGACCGCGCUCACUUUCAGGAGAUCUAGGUGGUCCGCCUUCCAAAUCCUCCAAACCACAAUCAAGUCAUCUCCAGAUCAAUUACCUGGCGCGGCAAUAUAAUCAAAACAUACCUCUUGUCAAUGUCGACGACAAUCUACCAUCCAUACUCCGUCUGAUUGGUGACUACGAUGGCGUUCUCCACCGACAUGAAAGCCUGGCUGGCAAUCUCGGCGCCUGCCCUCUCGGUCCCAUCCUCAUCAAGCGAUUCGAACGCCUCUUCGACGGCCCACCUCGCAUACUCAAGUCGCAUGGCAAAGAUCCAAGCGUCACUUGGCUCGAUGUCGUGGACUUUGCAAGGAACAAGCCUGAGCAAUUCAACUUAGAGAAAAUGCGCAAUGGAGUACGAGUGUGCCAGUUCUACACAAAGCAAUGCAGAGUGGAAAUAUCUGAGGAAGAUUAUGUUCUCAUUGCCAGCGGAAUGCCACAAAAGCUCAUUCCGCCACAGCCAAUACAAGAGGAUGAGGAAAAGGAGCUGGGCGCACUUGAGAUCCUUGAGAAGAAUCUGAGCCAUAUUGUGCAGAUGGCUGACCAAGUCUCUGGUCGAGCUCGUCAAUUGAACCAUCGCCUGAAGAAUCGAAAAGCUGCCAUAAUCAGCCGUCGAGAAGCAGAGGAGGGCAGGAGAGAACACCCACGCUGUGACAGCCCUAUAACAUUAUCUGAGCUGAUUAAUGGGACUUCGACCAGGGCCAAUGGAAAUCCUGCAGCUUCCCAGUCGCCUCCCAUGGGCUUUACCGCUGUCAACACCAGACAGUCUGCACCAGCUGAGACAAUUAGCGACACACCUGCUAAAGCUUCGACGGAGCCUUUGUUCUCGCGAGCCAACACUGAAAAUGUCACUGUCCUCAAUGGCGCGUCUAUCAAAGGAAUAUCACAGGAACAACGUGUGGAGCUGAUAAAGAGCUUCCUGGUAAAUGCAGACAUGCAAGCACGAGACGAUGAUCUCAAUCGACAAUCUUCCCUCGGCACCACCAGAUCCGCAACAAUGCAGAACGCCCCCCAAACGAGAUCCGAAUCUGCUAGUCAAAGCUCACUCUACACUCCGAACCACUCAGCGGUUCCCAUCCCCAGUACACCAGCCGCCUUGCUCCCUCACCUAAAGCCGACGCAAAUCGAGAGAGAUGAUGGCGGCCCCUACAAAGCGGAAAUGGUCAAUCGCAUGGAGUCCUUACAUCGGGGCGAACGUAUCCUGCCACCUUGCGAUCGUUGUAGGCGACUACACAUGGAUUGUCUGAAGAAUCUAACAGCAUGCAUGGGCUGCACCAAAAAGCAUGCAAAAUGCAGCUGGAAAGAUGUGCGAGAAGAGGAGCUGCGGACCAAUCGUUCAGCCAUGCGAACAGCUUCCCCGUCACCGGAACAUGGUGAUGCUCGAAGUGAUCACGUCGAGUCCACUCCUGACGCAAGCGCAUCCUCGCACCGUAGUCCUGUGAGCGCCCUGCAGUCAACGGCACAAGAACAACCACUACCACCACCACCGAGCAGUACGAGCAGAAGGGAGUUAGACCUACUCCCUCCGCCAUCAUCCUUAGCACCUGCCCUAACAACCAGCAAUGCCUCUCCAUCCGUCUAUGCAAGUGUCGAGCAGAAAAGCGAGGUUGUACCCACGCCGCCGCCGCCGCCGCCACCUCCACCACCAAGAAUCUUAUCAGCCCCCAGGAUUUCAACUCCAGAUUACUCAACACACACACCCAAAACAGCAUCCAAAACCACAUCGACAAUCGGACAGCAACUACAAGACGCGGCAAACGGCCUAGCAGCAGCACAUCGCUCCGUCUUCACGCCUCAGAAGCAAAACCCUAAUCAGAGUGUUGAGCGCGAUGACGAUGACGACGAAGACGAAGGCGACAGACUGCAGGCGCUGGCCGCACAGGUCUAUCGAUCUGCAUCGGCGCAGCAGAACCGCUCUUCAUUGGCUUAA